UUUAAAUGGGUGUAUGGGAUUUAUCUCGUACAACCCAGCAGUAGGAUACCCAAAUUAUUUGGAAAUACUACAAAAACCAGGUUUGAGAUUUCAAAUCUUGAAGCCUGUCAGUUAUACUCUGUUGAUGUCCGAAUCAUUGGACCUUAUGGCAUUGGACCAUCACAUGGUAUUCGGCAUAUUACUACUGAGUUUGAUCACCUUGCUCCUCCAAAAGCUCUUGUCGUCACACUUUACAGUAAAGACAGUAAUGUUGUUAGGGUGCAGUGGGAGGCAUCUUGUCGAGAACUUGAUCAAGAAAUUGGAUAUAACGUAAUGGUGAAAGAAAAGACACUCAACAAAGUAAAGUGGUUUAGAAUUGCCAACCAAACAAACAACAUCAUAUCUUUCAACCUGACCAUUCAUUGUGGAGGAAUCUACGUUAUUCAGGUUCAGACAAAUCAUGCCAAUUCUCGUCCAACUGCUUUUGUCAGGUACGAGGCACCACCUAUACCAGCACCUACUCGCUUUCUUUUAACCUUAGGGACAAACAGAGAGCUUCAUGCUCGUUGGGAAGACCCAGUUUGGCCAGUUCAACUUUAUGGUCAUAGUUUCUCCUAUGUCUUGUGGGUCAGUACACGGGAAGAUCUGAAGAAUGCGACUAAAUUAGUUCAGCCAAAUCGAACAAUCACCUCAAGUUACAAAAGUAUGGUGUAUGACUUUCCAGUCCCUAUUCACUUGACAGAAGAUAAACCCCUAUGUUAUGUUGCUGUAAGUGUACAGGAAGAACAUGGCUAUUCUAGCAGUCUCACGGAUGUGGCCAGUGAAGGAAGUCCUUAUACAGCAACACAUUAUGCUCAUUCUGUGGUGCUGACGGAAUCUAACCUGGUGAGCAUCAUUGUUCCCAUUGUGAUCGUCAUUAUAGCUUUAUCUUCAGCUCUAGUCUGUUUUAUAAUUCGACACCGUCGCAUACAGCGGAGCUUCUUGUCGUUUGCUAACAGCCAUUAUGACACUCGAUCUGGAGCUACAACCUUCUCUACUGGUGAUGAAUUAGGCGAUGUUAGUCUUGAUGAAGAAGAAGAUUCACCAAUGAUACGAGGCUUCUCUGAUGAUGAACCUCUUGUAAUUGCAUGAAGAGGAACCACGAAUAAUGUAAUUUUAUGCCUGAAGAGAUGUUAAAGUUACUGUAUUUGCACUUUCAGAACAUAUCAGUUUAAUAUUCUCACAGUUUAACCUUUUUGUUUAGGCUGUAUUCCAACUUUAAUAUGCAGCUGCUGAACGUAAAUGUCGAGCUUUAGUCACCAUUGUUGGAAGUGCUUUCUCCAAGUUAGUUCCAAAAAAAUAUUAUUUACUGUAUCUGAAAUAAUUUAGCUAUCCCAAACUGUUGGUUAAAAUCAUCUCAUGUUUAAAAGCCAUUAGCUGUCUUACAAUACUUGAAAAUAGAAAUCAUAGUUCAGCUUUCUGAAGUUGUUUCUCAGAAGAUUUAUUUUUCAAAAAUAUUAGCUACUUCAAACAAGUGUAUUUAAAAGAAUUUAUCUUCUUUAUGAUAGUGUACAAAACACAUUUAAUGACCUCAUAUAAAGAUAAUAGAACCAUUCAUCUUAAUCAUUUAUUUCCUGAUAUCUUUUAGAAGAAUAUUUAAUAUUGUCAAAAAAAAACAACAACAUGAAAUUAAUCCAAAAUUACUUUUUAAAAGGCAUUUAUCAGUUGUGGGGUUUCUUCAAAAAUCUGUUAACAAUCAUGGAACAUAACUUUAAAAAUAACUUAGUUAGCCCUAUAGCUGCUGCUUUAUAAGAAACCUUCUAAACCUUAAAUAACUGCAUUUAGGUAUGGAAUCUGAGAACGAAAACAUUUAUUUUUUAAUAAUAUCAAAAAAAAUUAUUUUAAAUAAAAAUCCUCAUUAUUAAAAUCUUUUUUUUUAACUUGGCCUAUUGUUUACUGUCAAAAGAAAUAUUCUUUUAGUGAAAGGGUACUUUUUUUUGAUAAGUGAUACGUUUUGCAUUUCUUUCCAACUUUUCUUAUGGGAGAGAUAUUGCUACAUGCCAGUGACUGCUUAUACAGUUCAGCAAUAUAAAGAUGUGGAUAUUUAACAGUUGUAUUUCAUAAGUAAUGAAUCUUAUCCUCUGUGAUACUGGUCUGCGUGUGAAGAUGAUGCUGUCAAUGAAGUUAUGAAAAAAGUGUUUGAGUGAAAUUAACAAAAGUAUUUGAAAUAUAUUUUGCAACCGGUGUUCUUACAUUUUAUUGGCAAAUUUUCUUCAAUGUAUAAUUGAUUAUAAAACUGAAAAAAUGAGUGUUACAUCUAAUUCUUGCCUUUCACAAAUGGUCUCAUUAUGUUAAGUAACUUGUAUCAAUAGGGCUAAUUGAGUGUGUGGUUGUGUUGAUUAAUUCUUGAUUGAAAAACAUAUAGUAGAUAGAACAGAUUGAUUUAACGUUCUAUUGCUUUGAAGAUUUAAAUAUUUAUGUGUGUUUGUGUAAAGUAUUAGAUUUUAAGAUAUGAAUUAAUAAGUGUUAAUCAGAUACUGGGUUAGCUGAAAAUCUUCAAUAUUUUAUGAAAAUAGUUGUAAAGGUUUCCUACUUCAUGAAUUUCUUGUAGUUAGAAGGUGUUUUCAUUUUAUUGUCUUAUGAAUUUAGGAUCUUUAUGAAAGUGAAAAAAAAAACAGUAUACAACUACAUAAAUGUAUAUAAUCCAGAGUAUUAUUGUAAAAGGUUGUCCAGGUAUUCUGUUUUUAAUAAAAAUACACUAAAGUCAGUAAAUCUGUACACUAUAUAUUGUGCUUAUUGAACAAUAAAUCAAUAUUUCAGAUGUC